AAAAAAUUAAAAUCUAGGUAUGCCUCCUCCGGCAAUGCUUGCGUUUGAUGAUGGUUUAGAUAACGAGUGGAACGGUUUCACAGUUUUUCCUGAAGAAAACCCUAACCCUAACUAUAAUCUUAAUUUCUUGGUGAAGAAGGCAAUUCUAGAGGGUGAGAAAACAACUGGUCCUGUUUUCUCCCGUCCUUCGGAAAGAGAAGACAGCUUUAGAAUGGUGUUACCUCCGGCCAUGCCUCCUCCUAGAGACUCAGCCGUACCGCUUCCUAUGCUCCCUGAGCCGAUGAGGAUCCGGAAGAAACUUAGCCACCAAGAAUCAUCUCAUUUUAGGAGGAAAUCUCGUAGCUCGGAGAAAACCUUCUACAAGGAAGACGAUUUCAAAUGUAGCGCCUUCUGUUUGUCUCUACCUGGCUUCGGGAAACAAAAGUCGAAACGCCAAGAUUCGAUGGAGAAGAAGAUGAUCAGUACAUCUUCUUUCACUAACUCCACUGCUUCAACACGCUCCUCUGUCGAGAUAUUCGAAUGCGGUUCUUGGGCCUCGACGACAGCCCUCAUGCAAGUUAACGGAGGAAGAAAUGUGCAAGAACUGGUGACUUCACGGUCGUCUAUAAAAGAUUACCAGAGAUCGGCUGAGACUUCACCGCGCCGUGUGAGAUUUUCCACACCUUCUUCGGCUUCGGUUUCUUGCCCUACUUCGCCGCGUUCUUGUAUCACCCCACGAUUGCGUAAGGCCAGGGAUGACUUUAAUGCCUUCUUGUCCACUCAAGACGCUUGA